AUGAUACUGUGCUUCCUUCUCUGAGUCGUGUAGGGCCUUCUGGUUGUUGAAUAUGCUGUUUGUUUUUCUUCUUGCUGAGAAAAAUUAGAUUGAUUUUUAGGCUAGCAAUAGAAAGUAAUCUAGGAGAAUGGAUUUCUUGUUUCUUUGUUGAGUGUUUUUAAUGUAAAAACUAGCUGUGUUGGAGUGGAGGAAUAAUCUUCGUGCCUAAAUCAUUAAUAUACUCGGGGGCACUUUCUCCUGUAGGCAUGUUGAGUUCUUUCCCGUCUCAUUUCCUUUUGCAAUUCUCCUCUUUCAUUAAAGGUUAGAUCACUGUUUUAUUCCUGGAAAGGAUUGAAGCAGAAUAUUAUCAAGUUUGUCUGCUCAGAUCAAUUUUCUGGUAAAAGAAAGAUGGAGGAAAAUACUCGGUGUUUCAAUAUGACAUCUGAGCAUAAAAGCCAAAAGGCAUCAGAGGAAAAAAAGCUGGAGUUGAGGCUCGGUCCUCCAGGAGAAACAUUGGUUGGUUACAAGACCAAUCCCACCACUCAUGGAGCCAAAAGAGUACUUCAACACCCAGUUGGAGCAAAAACAUCAGAGGGAAACUGGUUUACAGAUUCUAAUGUAAAGCAAUGCAAGAAGUUCUCAUGUUAUCAAGAAGAAGCUGAAAAGGUAUUCUCUUCCCCAUGGUUAAGUAGCUCUUUACAUUCUUCAUCGUUUCACAGGGAGGCCAAGAAGGAGUUACAGAAGCCCAAGCCUUCAUUUCUCCAGUGCUCUAAAGUUGAAGAGUUACAGUACCCAGAUAAGAUGGCAUGUUCUACCCUUGCUAGUGCUUCAUUUUCUGUCACCACAGAUGGGGCCAACAGCUGUCAUAAAAGAUGUGCACUUGCAACAGUAGUUGGGUGGCCUCCAAUCCGGUCAUUCAGGAAAAAUAUUGCAAGUAGCAGUACUUCAAAGAUGGUAUCUGAGUUACCAAAUAAAACUCCAGAAGAAGGGAGCAGCUUGAAGCUUGACAGUUUCAGGAAUGAUUUGUUUGUAAAGAUCAAUAUGGAAGGAGUCCCUAUUGGAAGAAAAAUAAACCUCAAUGCCUAUGACAGUUAUGAGAAACUCUCUGUUGCCAUAGAUGAGCUCUUCAGAGGUUUUCUUGCAGCUCAAAGGGAAACUUGUGAUCCUAUGGGUGAAAGCAAGAUGGAUGAAGCAAAGGAAAAUUGUUCAGUUUCUGGUAGCAGGGAAUAUACUCUCGUUUAUGAGGACAAUGAAGGUGACAGGAUUCUUGUUGGAGAUGUUCCUUGGCAUAUGUUUGUAUCUACAGCGAAGAGACUGCGCGUACUGAAGAGCACUGAGAAAGUUUCAGUUGGUAUCAAUAAGCAAGAAAAGACUCCACCUAGUUGUGCAGUAGAACUUGGAAGAUGAGGUUUUGAGUGGAGAAUGAAAUCUUCAAGUGGAGAAAUUUCCAUAGAAUGAAGCCUGACUUGGAUUUCCCAGAUGACGUCAAGUGGCAAUCCUUUCAUAAAGAGUAUACCUUCCUUUUAUUUCCUGAUGCUGAAGAAGAAAAUUGCAAACUUUCCUUGUCUGUCACCACUUGGAGAGCCAAAUGAACCUCAGUUUUUGUAAAAUAAGUAGCCUGUUCAACCUUUGUAGAAUAAGUAAUUUGUGGAUGCAAAAAUUCUUUGACAGUAUCUUGUGAUGUAUGCACAUAUAUGGUUCAUUUUCAGUCUAGUUUCUUCAAGGGCUUUAUGGGA